UAUCCCAAAAAUCUUCAAUUUCCAAGAUACGCGUUAUAGUGGAAUAUCUGUUUGUCUCGUCGGAACUUGAACGCACCACAGCCAGACUGUUGUCAAGAGAAGCGUCGCCAACCUUACAGCUCGUCUGAUUGCUAACAAGUCAGGAAAAUGCUGGGGUACAUCUGGCAAUACGUCUACACAUCCUUCCUGAGAUACUGGCUGAAGUGGCUCAUCAGGCAAGCAACAGGGACGUGUGAGCUGCAGAGAAUAUGUUCUGGAUACAAACCCGGGGCAACAAGGACAACGAAAGCAGAAUAUUCUCUACGGUCGUCAAAGAGCAAGGUUUUAAGAGGAGCUUUGGACACUGACAAGGAUAAAUUAGAGCAGUGUGUGGAUCAAAUUAUGAAAGUGAAGAAUGUCAAACCCCAGAAAGAUCCACUGUUCAAGGGAAGCCUACACAUCUGUCUGCUACAGAUAACAGGACACAGCAGCUUGUAUGUGUCUGUGGAAGACUUGAGAAAAGAAGUCUUCAGCUCGGACAACCAAGCACAUGAGGCCAUGCUGUUGAAGCUGUGGGACCUGUUGAUGCCAACUGUCAAACUGGAGUCCAGGAUCACUAAGCAGUGGGGAGACAUUGGAUUCCAAGGAGAUGACCCCAAGACUGACUUCAGAGGAAUGGGCAUGCUGGGCCUGAUCAACCUUGUUUUUUUCAGUGAAAAUUACACAGAGGAGGCUCGUCAGGUGUUGUCACAUGCAAACCAUCCUAAACUGGGAUAUUCAUAUGCCAUAGUCGGGAUCAACUUGACAGAGAUGGCCUACAGCCUCCUGAAGAGCGGUGCUUUGAAACCCCAUUUCUACAACACAGUGCAGGGCACACCUGAGCUCCAGGACUUUCAUCAGCUAUACUGUUAUCUGGCAUAUGAAUUUGAUAAAUUCUGGGUGGCAGAAGAACCAGAAAGUAUCAUGGAGUUCAAUCAGUACAGAGAAAAAUUCCAUAAUAUUGUCAAAACUCAUCUACAGGACCCUGAAGUAUCCCUCACAUUGACUGCCAGUUUGGAAAAAAACUAGUAUUGAGAAAUCUUCCCCGACUUCUCCAUGACUUCUGAUAUUGUUCAAUCAACAGAAGAAGCAUCAGAGCAGACUGAAGCAGAUCGAUCACUCAUAUUCCUCAACGAUUCGAACAAAUAAUUUCUCCUAUGUUUGAUUUUGUGAUUUGUCCGUAAUGCUUGGUUUAUUUUGUCACAGUGAUACUUAAGGGUUUUUAAAAAAGAGCACAAAUCUAACAUCCCUAUACCUCAGAAAAAUGACCAUUCCAGUGUGUAAUGAAGCUUUGUAAAAGUUAAAUGAGAGCUGCUGCAGAGGACUGGUCUGUUGUUUGUAAGCGUUAAAGCACUUUCACUGAGCAAGCAGCCAAAUUGUUCCAGAUAAAAGACAGUUAUAGUUAUGAAUUAUGAUUAAAAACAGCGACCAUAUUUGUAGCUCUUGUUCGUAUUUAUGUAAACAAGACUUUUGUGUUGUCACAGUUUUUUCCCCCCACUCAGGAAUACGAUUUUUAUCUCCAGAUACCAUGGCAUACAAAAAAAAACAAAAAAACCCAUAAAGGGUAACUUCACCAAUUACACACAUUUUAGUGUGUUUAGAGGUCUUGGGGAGUAUGACUGCAUACGUGGAAAUAAAGAAGUAUGAAACUAGUUGUGGCUCCAGAGCAAGCUGUAUGUUGUCUGAUAAACUGCCUCAAGUGAUGUCAUCCAGUUGCAAAGUUGCCUUGUGGGUAAUGUAGGUUGAAAAGCAGUCCACUUGUGUAGCACUGCCCUCCCAUUGAAAGCAAAUGAUCAAAAUAGAUACAGAUCCAGAGAAAUUGCCUCUUAUUCCAUGCAUUCUUCUUGCUUUUCUGAAAACCCAGUGCCUACAUUACCCACAAUGCAACUGAUAAGGAAAUUUAUCAGAAUACAUACAGCCAAAAUAGACUUUAUACUACUUUUUUUCACGUAUGUAGAAGUACUCCUAAAGAGCUGUUAUCACACUUUGAUGCCUAAAAAUUAAUUACCCUUUAAUUUAAGGGAAAAUGUUUGCAUGUGUUAAUGUGUCCCUAUUGAUGUCAUCUGUAUUCUGUAAUAUAGGUGAUGUGGAACUCAAAAUAGUUGUUUGACUUUAUUAGUAUACAUUUAUUUGUCGAAAGACUGAAGUGUUUUUUUUUUAUGACGUUAUUUCUCAGCUGUGAUUUGCUUUUUGAUGAUUAACAAGUCUUAAUGGAAGUUAAUAAAUGCACACUUUGACGCUUUGAAA